AUGGAUAUAGAAAUAAGUGAUUUGUCUGAUAAUCCUAUAAAUGGAAGCAGAAGAAAUAGAUCAAGAAUACUCUCAACCUCUUCCGAGGAUUUUGGUAAUGCAAGCAAUGAAAAACAAAUUAUUGAUCACCUUUUGAUCAAUAAUCAUCACCGUGAAGAAAUGGCAAUUGAAAACCAAAUACCGUCAAAAAAAGGGUCACAUUUUCUUCAUUCGUACAAAGGGCUUGCAAGAGAAACAAGACAAAGAUGUAAAGAAUGUUAA